UAAGUAAAGCUCUUAUAUACAGAUAUGGAAUUUGAUAUAUGCCAAAUCAUUUUUGUUAGGCUUUCUGCAAACAAAGAGAGUCUGUAUUGUUGUAUGUACAAGAUGCGGCGGAAAAUGCGUUUAUAGUCAGAAUGCUAGGCCGCUUGAAAUCAAGUCCUCAUUGGCUAUUGGGUUUGACUGACCAAGGGUCUGAAGGAAAGUGGAAAUGGAUCGACACAAGUGCUCCAGCGACAUUUAUCAAAUGGGCUCGCGGUCAACCGGAAGGUCGCACAAGACAGAACUGCGUGGUGUACAGCACUUCUGCCUCAUAUCAUUGGCAUGACACAGAAUGUACUAAGCGAUAUCCAUUUAUCUGCAAAACAGUAAAAUCGACAACAGGAAGACAACAACAUAUAUUUGUUCAUUGACGUAUCUAUCGUUAUUUCCGUUAUGUUACUAAAGACACUUUCACACAAUAUUAUGUAAUGAAUGGCGACCAGCAAAGAAUUUGCCAGAUCUUAUACUACUUUAUCAUUAUUAUAGAUAUGGAGUAAUUUCUCCGUCACUUUCUUUUUCUUUUGUUCUUUUCUUUUCUUUUUUUGUUGCGAAUUUUAAAACGAUGCUCAAUGACAAUAUAUAGUAGAUCAUUUGUUUGUUUGUUUUUACGACAGUAAAGUUAAAGCUAUGA